CAAAGGCAAUAGCAGACAAACAUCUUUUAAGUCCACCCCAAAACAGGUUCUGUGCCACGGCAGUACAGCAGCAGCUAGGGCCGGCCGAUCUCUUUCAAAAGCCGGAGGAGUCUCUGUCCAGACUUUUUAUUUUUUCUCCACCCCACCCACACGUACAUAUACACAUUUGACAACAAACGAGUGUAACUUGAACUCUCGUCUGUUCGUGUCUUGCCGCUUUGGAGAGAACAACAGUGUGUGUACUGUGUGUGUGUGUGUCGUGAACGAAAGGAAGGGGAAACCGGAUGGUGUUUGGUGCAGUGUCGGUUGACGUGCACACAUCAGAUUUUCGCCUUGACUUUGCUGCUGUUGCUUUUUAUUAUUUGACUUUUUAUAGAUAUUUUGUUUUUCCCCAAUCUGGCACGUCCGUUUUCUGGCUAAAACUAACCGAAACAGCACACAGACCGGGCGACCCCCCGAGAUCGAAAUACAAAACCCAAAACAGCAUCAUGGCCGUCGUCUCGUCCAACAAAAGCCAAAUCUAUCCUUCACACUUGCUCGAGGAAACACCCGAAUUUCAAGAUGUGGUAGCAAGUUCGCCUACCGGUACUUCAACCGACGACGCUGACCUAGCCGCUCUUCGCACGGGCGUCGUUCUGUGGAAACUUCGUGCGUGUGACUCUUGGUACCGACGGCGUUACUGGGUUAAUACCCUAAACAUGCGUCUACUCUACGAUCCCAGUCACAAACCCUUUUGGCGCAACUCCAAACAGCACAUCGACAUCUCGGACAUCAAAGAUGCUCGACUAGGCUGGAAAACGGACAUCUUCAACCGAGCCGGCCGGCAAGCUGAGAAGAAACGCGCCAAAGAUCCCGAGCGGCCACCGAUGCUGAAAGAAGACUGUUGUUUUUCGAUUAUUCACGGGCAGGCGAACAAAAGCCUGGACCUGGUGGCCAGUGAUUCCGAGACUGCCGCCACUUGGGUCAGAGGAUUCAAGUCUUUGAUAACCGUCGUGCAAUCGGCUGAGAAACGCAGAUCGGAUCAGCAAUGGUUGAAGCUGUUGUUUAAUAAGGCGGAUAAAGACGGUUCUGGCGCAUUACAUUUCGAAGAAUGCUGCGAACUUUUAUUGCAUCUUAACAUUAAGGUUGAUCCGGAAACAGCCAUGAAAUUAUUUCAGAUUUCCAAUGUGAACAAGAGAAAAAUCAAAGGGGAACAGGCAAUUGAUGCUGAAGAGUUUAUCCAGUUUUAUCAGUUGCUUCUCGUCCGACCAGAGAUUGAGACCUUAUUCAGAAAAUACUCGGAAGAAGACGGGGCUUCAAUGUCGCCAAACGGCCUGAGACAAUUUCUAGAAAAAGAACAGUCGAUGAAAGAAGUCAAUGCGGAAUUCGCCGUCGGAUUGAUUCGCCGUUUUGAUCCAUCGCCUUCCAAAGAAAUGGGGAGGAUGACUCUCGCCGGUUUUACGGCGCUAAUGACGUCUCCCAUGUUCGAUGUCCUGGAUGAAGGUCACCGUGAUGGAGUGAUCCAGGAUAUGACCCGUCCUCUCUCUCACUAUUUUAUGGCUUCAUCCCACAACACGUAUUUAACAGGAAAUCAACUGACCAGCGAUAGCAGUAUCGAGGCCUACAUAUCGGCUCUGAAGAAUGGAUGUCGUUGCAUAGAACUGGAUCUUUGGGAUGGACCCGAAGGAGAACCGAUCAUCUACCACGGAAAUACUUUGACUGGCAGCGUUCCAGUCAAAGAUGUUCUGAACGACGCUGUAAAGCCAUUCGCUUUCAAGGCGUCUACAUACCCUCUCUUUCUGUCAUUCGAAAAUCACCUCAGCCUGGAACAACAAGCUGUGCUGGCCACUCAGAUCAAAGAUGCCAUAGGAGAUCUCCUGUGCCUCAUGGACGUCAAGGAUAUGAAAGUGCUUCCGUCUCCUGAGCAGCUUCGAAAUAAGAUCGUCAUCAAAGCUAAAAAGUAUACGCAUGGUGUACCGCAGAGUCUACCUUUGCCUGCAGUCCCUGUAGCCCCUGCAGCCAAUGCCAGUCCGUCUUCUUCUCCUGUUCCGGCACAGGAAGAGCAACCUACCGGGAAAAGCCCAACUUCAAACCCGCCGGUCGUUCCUCCGAAAAACGCGAGCGAGAAUAAGUCAAUUUUGCAACCGGUUGCAAAGGAUCUGCUAGACAUGAUCAAUAUUUGCGAAGCCGUCAAGUUUCACAGCUUUUCCCACAGCCUGAAUAAAGAUGAGUGCUAUCACAUUUCCUCCUUUUCUGAGGGCAAAGCGUCGGAUCUGAUUGCAGAAUCAGCUGAUGCUUUCGUUAAGCACACAACACGUCAAAUGGUUCGCAUUUAUCCCGCAGCGACGAGAACUACCUCGAGCAAUUUUUCGCCAUUUCCUCACUGGGCAGUUGGUAGCCAAAUCGUGGCGUUAAACUACCAGACCAAUAGCAAAGAAAUGCGACUCUACCGCGGAUUUUUUCGCCAAAACGGCAGUUGUGGUUACGUGCUCAAACCCGAUUAUUUAAUCAACGACAAAUUUCCGGUUGCCCUCGAGCGCGAUAAAUUGCUCAAAUAUUUGAAAGUAAGGAUCAUCAGCGGCCAAUAUUUACCCAAAGUGGGGGAUAACGAAAAUUCAAUCGUCGACCCUUACGUCACGAUUAAAAUUCUGGGUCAUUCGGCCGACACCUUUACGUUUCGCACUCGCGUCGUGACCAACAAUGGGUUCAAUCCAUACUGGAAUGAAUCGGUCGAAGUAUUUCUGCGAGCGCCAGAGUUGGCCGUCAUUUGCUUCACGGUUAAAGACAGCCAAACUAUUGGUGCCAGUCGUUUUAUCGGAUCUUACGCCUUACCCGUCAAUUGCCUAGCCCCAGGAUAUCGUCACGUCCCGUUAAAUUGCAAUGGGGAACCGCUCUCUUCGGCGACGAUUUGUAUUCAAACUGAAAUGAAAGAUUUAAACUAGUGAUGGAUGAUCAAAAAAGCCAUUUGUAGUUGCCAUCAAAAAAAUUGUGUGCCAUUACAUAUAUUGGUUUCUAUAUGCGUGUUCGUUCUCUGACGAGGGAACAAAAGGGGAUUGUUAUAUUGAAUUUUGCAAUACAGGAUUUCGCUCUA